GUGCACGGCACUGCAGAGAGAGAGAGAGAGAGAGUGAGAGAGAGAGAUUGGAGCCGACUGGAGAGAGGAAGAGAGGGAGAUUGGAGCCGAUUGCAGGUAUUGUUGGUGCAUCUUCCCCCUUUUCCUCUUUUCAAAAAUCCGAACGUUGGGCUGUAAGUCACUUACAGUGAAGUGACUUCUCACCCCAGCCCCCUGCAGUUUUCUGGAAGAACAUCACCUAUAAGUGACUUCCACAGAGAGAGGGAGAGAGAGAAUGGAAGAAUCGAAGCAGAAAACAAUGGAAGAACCGAAGCAGAAAAGCAACAUUCCUACAUUGCCAUGGAUGAGAAGCCCUGUUGAUAUCAGUCUCUUCAAAGAAUCUCCUCUAAAUCUCCUCCCUUGUCUCGACCCCAGACUGGAGGAGGCUUUGAAGAAUAUGGGUAUUAGUUCCCUCUUUCCGGUGCAAGUUGCUGUAUGGCAAGAGACAAUUGGACCUGGUGCUUUUGAGAGAGACAUUUGUAUAAACUCGCCGACAGGAAGCGGGAAGACGUUGGCAUAUGCCUUGCCUAUAGUCCAAAGACUUUCGACUUGUACCUUAAGAUGCUUACGUGCUUUAGUCGUGCUGCCUACUCGUGAUCUAGCCUUGCAGGUUAAGGAAGUCUUUGCUGCAAUUGCGCCUGCAGUGGGCUUACGUGUAGGUUUAGCGGUUGGUCAAUCUUCAAUAGCAGAUGAAAUUUCGGAGUUGAUCAAGAGGCCUAAGCUUGAUGUGGGCCUUUCUUAUGAUCCCGAAGGUCUGCAUGUAGAGUUACAAAGUUCUGUGGACAUACUGGUGGCAACACCAGGAAGACUGAUGGAUCAUAUAAACACUACGAAGGGUUUCACUCUAGAGCAUCUUUGUUAUCUGGUAGUUGACGAAACAGACCGACUACUUCGAGAGGCAUAUCAGUCUUGGCUGCCUACCGUGCUUCAGCUGACUUGUUCGAAUGAGCAAGGAUCGCUUGCACAAAAGAGAGAUUCGACGAUUUCUAAGCUUGGGUCAUUGAAUACGAUACGGAGAUUUGGUGUUGAAAGGGGGUUUAAAGGCAAAGCUCAUCCGAGGCUCGUGAAGAUGAUUCUUUCAGCUACGUUAACCCAAGAUCCUAGCAAGCUCUCUCAGCUUGAUCUGCACCAUCCUUUGUUCUUGACCACAGGUGUCAGACGGUACCAACUACCUGAAAAACUGAAAUCGUAUAAACUGGUCUGUGAAUCAAAGCUCAAACCCUUGUAUUUGGUUGCUCUCUUACAAAGUUUAGGAGGGGAGAAGUGUAUCAUUUUUACAUCGUCGGUAGAAUCAACACAUAGGCUCAGCACUUUAUUGAAUUCCUUUGGGGGAUUGCCAUUCAAAAUCUGUGAAUAUUCUGGUCUCCAGCGCCAAUCUGUCCGAAGCAAAACGCUGAAGGCCUUUCGGACAGGGGAGAUACAGAUUCUUGUUUCUUCAGAUGCAAUGACUCGUGGGAUGGAUGUUGAGGGGGUUAGAAAUGUCAUCAAUUAUGACAUGCCCGCAUAUAUUAAGACGUAUAUUCACCGAGCAGGUCGUACUGCAAGGGCAGGGCGAACUGGCCGUUGCUUCACACUACUGCGGAAUGAUGAGGUUAAACGUUUCAAGAAGAUAUUACAGAAGGCCGAUAGCAAUAGUUGUAGUCUGUACCCGUUACCUGCUGACUUGGUCGAAUCUCUUCGUCCUGUUUAUUAUUCUGCAUUGGCAAAAUUGAAACAAUGCGUGGAAUCAGAAGCGUUGAGGCAUCGUAGUGGUAGCUUUAAGUCAUUGCGAGAAGGAAAAAGGAAGGAAAAUAUCAAUGACCCAAAUGAAUAGUUACAUCUUGGAAACACAAGCUCCGGCACGACAAUACUUUUUUGAAUUCUUCCACACAAUAUGGCACACAUCUAGGUUUGCAUGGCACCCUUGUCUUAGAUCUGGACAUUCAUCAGGUGGGCUUCUCAGUGAUCGUGCCUGUUGGAAAAUCAGGCUGGCAUAUUAAUCUGGUGACUGCAAAUGAUCAUCGAAUGUGCGCCCAUGUCUGUUUUAGGGAAAUUUUCCUACCUGUAUUUUUGCUGAACAAAAUUCACGGACGGUCCUUUCUGAAAGGAGAAAUUACCAAGGUACGUUGGAUUAAUUUUUUAUAUUGAAAAUGCAUAAGAUGAGAAUCUCGGGGCCCACGCAGCAUGCAGAUGACAUUGAACACGUCCAACAUAUGUGGCCCCAUCAGUUGG